UUUCUGCAUCGUUCCGUUUACCCUAACGCUAGGGCUUGGCCACCAGAAGGGAGGCGCUUGGAGAGUGCUCGGCCUGCAAACUUGGGACAACGGUAAGUAACUUAUUGGAAUUAUACUGCGCAUCACCCGAUGGCACCGCCAGCAAAGGCUACCUCCAAGAAGUCUGAUGCCAAGUCUCAAGCAGUGAAGGUUGCCAAGGCAGUGAAGUCAAGUGCUUCUUCCAUUAAGAAGAAGGCUAAGAAGAUCCGCACUUCCGUGACUUUUCACCGUCCGAAAACACAGAAGAAGCCCGGAGAACCAAAAUAUCCCAGAAUCAGUGCUCCUCCUAGAAACAAGCUCGACCAUUACCAAAUCCUCAAGUAUCCUUUGACGACUGAAUCUGCCAUGAAGAAGAUUGAAGAUAACAAUACUCUUGUUUUCAUCGUUGACAUCCGAGCUGAUAAAAAGAAGAUUAAGGCGGCUGUAAAGAAGAUGUACGACAUUCAGACAAAGAAAGUUAACACGUUGAUCAGGCCUGAUGGUACAAAGAAGGCUUAUGUUCGCUUGACUCCAGAUUAUGAUGCUCUUGAUGUUGCAAACAAAAUCGGUAUAAUUUAGUUCUGAUUCUAUGGACUGAAAAUUUUGUCCUUGGGAGUUCAUGUUCUUUAGACCCUUUGCAAGCAAGUAAAUUCAUGUCAUUUUGUUAUGUGAUUUUGCUUUUUGUUGAACAUUCUGUUUAAUUUUAAGCAUGAUGGAUGUUGAAUAUAAUAGCUACUUAGAAUUUCUUCAUUGAAUGCAUUGUAAGUGUAUUAAGUUUAUCA